GUGUCUAUGGAAAUCCAUAUUACACAUUAAUAUCCAUCUAUCUCCCAAAUUCAGAGGUCGACCUGAGAGCAGCUCUGUGCAUACGAAACCAGACGGGGAGGGGUUGCUGGGGAGGCCCGGGCUUCCAUUGGCUGCAAGCGUUUGCCGUUGUGCGGGGGUAUCUCUAAUCAUAUUCAGCAUGUUUUGCACAAGAAAUGUCAGCCAGGAAGGGCUAUCUGCUCCCUUCGCCAAAUUAUUCCACAACAAUGUCAUGCUCCGAGAGCCCGGCUGCAAACUCUUUUUUGGUAGACUCCUUGAUCAGCUCGGGCAGAGGGGAAGCGGCGGGAGCAGGAGGAGGAGGCGGAGGAGGAGGCGGCUACUACCCCAGCAGUGGUAUCUACCUGCCACAGCCGUCCGAUCUGUCCUACGGGCUACAAAACUGCGGACUUUUCCCUGUUUUGAGCAAACGCAAUGAAGGUGCUUCUCAAAGCAUGGUCCCCAGCUCGCACCCCUACGUGUCAGGGAUGGAAGUGUGGCUAGACCCUCCCCGGUCCUGUCGCAUGGAAGAGCCGGAGAGCCAGCAGGCCACCUCGUGCUCCUUUGCUCCAAGCAUUAAGGAAGAGAGCUCCUACUGCCUCUAUGACUCAGAGAAAUGCCCGAAGGGCUCGGCUACCACAGAUCUCGCUCCUUUCCCUCGGCUGAGUGCCGAGGUCAACCCAGCCGGCAGCGGCGGCGGGGUCCCCGUCCCGGGCUACUUCCGCCUUUCCCAGUCUUAUGGCACCUCCAAGACCUACGGCGCGGGGUCGGCCGGGGCUGCCCCCUUCCCUCUGCAGCCCCCCAGCCGCUUCCAGACGCCUCCAUCUUUGCCUCCUGUCCCGGACGCGGGGAGGAAGGAGGACGAGGAGCGCUCUCCCAGCCCCUUGGCGUGUGUCUCCCAGAGGGAGGACGAGACUCAGGCUUCAUCUUCCACCGCAGAGGAGCUCUCUCCAGCUCCGUCAGAGAGCAGCAAAGCCUCUCCCGAGAAAGAGCCCGUAGGAAAUUCAAAAGGAGAAAAUGCAGCAAACUGGCUCACGGCAAAAAGUGGCAGAAAGAAACGGUGCCCCUAUACCAAGCAUCAAACUCUCGAGCUGGAAAAGGAGUUUCUGUUCAAUAUGUACCUGACUCGUGAGCGUCGCCUAGAGAUCAGCCGCACAGUCCACCUCACAGACAGACAAGUUAAAAUCUGGUUUCAGAACCGCAGAAUGAAACUGAAGAAAAUGAACAGAGAGAAUAGGAUUCGGGAGCUCACAGCCAACUUUAAUUUCUCUUGAUGAAUCCAUAAACAUAUCUUUAUGGUUUAAAGAGCCAGUAUCAUUUUCCUAGGCUGUAGUCAUCCGCACCUGUAUGGAUUAACGAUUUUAGGGGCUCUCAAUAUGUCCUUAACCUCUUAAGAACUACUUUGGAGUGGGAAGGAAGGGUGAGGGAACACGACUAAAGCUAACUUAAUGCACAAAAUGCCGUGCGUGAACCUCUCCGCUUCCUUCGGCCUUUCCGGGGACCGGCUUGUUCCUUUAAGCUUUGAAACACAGAAAUGCCAUUUCGGGAGCUGCAAAUAUCUUUCCCCCCAUAUCUCUCUCUCUGAAAAGUAAAUAAGCUUGGUUAAAGGCGUAUUCUUUAAAAUUAGAAGCGGUAUAACUUGAACUGUACGUAGCUGCACAGUGAAGAAUUUAAGCCUUGACAUAUUUCUAUAUAUUGGGAGCUUUCUUCCCCUCCCCCUUUUCCUUCGAAAAGCAGACUUACAAUAAUGAAAUGCAGGCAUACUUUAACAGGGCUUCAUGGGAACGGGUGUUAAGAGAGAUUUUUUUUAUUUUUUUUUUUCGCUUUACCUUAAAAGUAAACAUUACAGCUUUAAAUUGGCCAGGAAAAUGAAAUCUCUUCUCUUUAAAGGUAUAAAAGCGUUCGUGUUGCUCAUGGACUAAAUUAUGACACUUACCUCUGAAUUUCUCUCUCUCUUUCUGGUUGUAGAUAUUUACUUAACGUAGUUUCGCUUAAAUACGUGGAAUUAGUGAUCUUUUUCUGUCUAUAAAUAACGUUACCGUUGGUAACGCAUGACAAGCACACAGAAAUUCCCCUUUGAGAAGGAAGUGGUCACUUUUUCCUCACUAAUUUCACUGAAAACUAUAUAUCUUGAUCAUCAGACGGACUUUCUGAGCCAGAGUCUGAGAUUGCGAGGGAGGAAAUGUUCGUCUUCCUUUAUACUGUGAAGUUACAUGCAUUAAAGGGUCAAACAUAUAGGUGAAAAAAAAAUUUAAAAAAAUAGAAAAAGAAAGAAAAAAGGGGAAAAGCUAUAAAUACAGAUAUGUAUAAAUGUCUAUUAUUAUUAAAAUGCCGAUACUGUUUUAAGCAAAUGCAUUCUAUCGUUAUUAUAAAUGUUAGUUCUAGCUAUAUCUAGUUCUUACCUUAAAUCGGAAUAAAUUAAUAUUGUAAUGCUGCUGUGCGUGAAAAAAGACGAUGUUUAUGUUCUCAUAGAAGAAUAAAAUACCGUUGAAUGAA